GCAGCAGAGGUUUGUGUGCGGAACUUCAGGGCUGCAGAAGCCUUUUGUCUUGAGCUCUGCCUACACAGUUGGACCGGAUCUGACAAUGAAGAUGAGCGUGGAAUGCAGAUGGAUCGGUCAAGGCAAGUUUCCAAUAUAGAGCUUCUUAUUUGGAGUUACACCUGAGAGUGACCGUGUCUGAUGGAUUACGCUGUUUUCUCCGAACUGCUGACAUGAAUCCUGAGGCCAGUGAGAUGUGGAAGCGCUCGCCGUCAGGACAGCUCUGAGAUCUGGAUGAGCCUUCGAGCAACACGAGAACUUUCAAGUGAAGGAGUCGAACCAUGGACUUGUUGUUAUGGUGUGGCGUCGGACAGAUCGUGUGCUUUUAGCCUGUUUGUAGCACCCUCUACCCCCUCACCCCAUGUCACAGCUUCCUCUGAAUUAUGGAAAUUUUGUGGAAGACGCUGACUUGGACACUGAGCCUGGUGGUGAUGGCUGCUUCUGAAUUUCAAAGCGUCAACAGACUUUCACACAACUCUCAGGAGGAGUUCCUGUCCUACCUGCAGCACUACCAGCUGGCUGUCCCGGUGCGGGUGGAUGAGAACGGAGAGUUCCUGAGCUACACUGUGAAGCAUCACCGGCCGGGCCGACGGAGACGAGGCGCCGUGGACCCCAUGAUGGGACACCCGCCGGCGUUAGACCCGGAUCCCCCGGAGUCCCGCCUCUUCUACAAACUGUCAGCCUACGGAAAGCACUUUCACUUAAACCUGACACUCAACCCCCACCUGGUGUCGAAACAAUUCACAGUGGAGUACUGGGGCAAAGAAGGGCUGGAGUGGCGUCAUAAUGUGGUAGAAAACUGUCACUAUGUGGGAUUCUUGCAAAAUCAGCACAGCACGACCAGAGUGGCGCUCAGCAACUGCAAAGGCCUGCAUGGUGUGAUAACAACAGAGGACGAACAGUAUUUGAUAGAGCCAUUGAAGAACAUAACCUUCUCCACCUCUGGUGAAUGGAACCUGGAAGAAGCACAGCAACAUGUUAUUUAUAAAAUGUCUGCCAUUCCCUCUCCACAAGAGCAUAGCCAGGAGUUCAGCUGUGGCAUUUCAGACCUCAUAAAGAGCAGUGUACCUUGCCAGUCCAGCACGCCCCCUCCUGUCCACUCACCUCCCGUUCCCAAAAACAUCAGUGAGCAGUCGAACAGCACCCACAGACAGAGGCGCUCGGUUAGCAGCGAGCGCUUCGUGGAGACGCUUGUGGUUGCCGAUAAAAUGAUGGUCGGCUACCACGGACGGAAAGACAUCGAGCACUACAUCCUGUCUGUAAUGAAUAUUGUUGCCAAACUUUACCGUGAUGCCAGUCUAGGAAAUGUUGUGAACAUUAUUGUGACCCGCUUGAUUGUUCUCACCGAAGAUCAGCCUAACUUGGAGAUUAACCAUCAUGCUGACAAGUCUCUGGACAGCUUCUGUAAGUGGCAGAAGUCCAUCCUGUCUCAUCAUGGUGAUGGAAACAGCAUUCCUGAAAAUGGAAUGGCUCACCAUGAUAACGCUGUCCUGAUCACACGGUAUGACAUCUGUACCUACAAGAACAAACCCUGUGGUACCUUAGGCUUGGCCUCAGUAGCUGGAAUGUGUGAGCCAGAGAGAAGCUGCAGCAUCAAUGAAGACAUCGGCCUCGGUUCUGCUUUCACCAUCGCACAUGAGAUCGGCCACAAUUUUGGGAUGAACCAUGAUGGAAUCGGGAAUUCCUGCGGUACCAAAGGCCACGAGACAGCCAAACUGAUGGCGGCUCACAUAACAGCCAACACCAACCCUUUCUCCUGGUCAGCCUGCAGCAAAGACUACAUCACCAGCUUCCUCGACUCAGGUCGGGGGACGUGUCUGGACAAUGAACCUCUGAAACGAGACUUCCUGUACCCAACAGUGGCCCCGGGGCAGGUGUACGAUGCAGACGAGCAGUGUCGCUUCCAGUACGGAGCCUCCUCACGGCAGUGCAAGUAUGGGGAAGUGUGUAGAGAGCUCUGGUGCCUUAGCAAAAGCAACCGCUGUGUAACUAACAGUAUACCUGCCGCAGAGGGGACUCUGUGCCAGACGGGGAGCAUUGAGAAAGGGUGGUGCUACCAGGGGGAAUGCGUGGCGUUCGGUACCUGGCCUCAGAGUGUGGACGGAGGUUGGGGGCCCUGGUCCUUAUGGGGGGAGUGCAGCAGGACCUGUGGGGGCGGUGUUUCCUCCUCCAUGAGGCACUGUGACAGCCCAGCCCCAUCUGGAGGAGGAAAAUACUGUCUCGGGGAGAGGAAACGCUACAGAUCUUGCAACACCGAUGCCUGCCCUGCCGGUGCGCGUGACUUUCGGGAGAAGCAGUGUGCAGACUUUGACAGCAUGCCUUUUCGUGGGAAGUACUACAACUGGAAACCUUACACUGGUGGUGGUGUUAAGCCCUGUGCGCUGAACUGCUUGGCAGAAGGCUAUAACUUCUACACAGAGCGCUCUCCUGCAGUCAUAGACGGCACCCGAUGUCAAGCAGACUCCCUGGACAUCUGCAUCAAUGGAGAGUGUAAGCAUGUUGGCUGCGACAACAUCCUGGGCUCUGAUGCAAAAGAAGAUCGAUGCCGUGUGUGUGGAGGGGACGGCAGCACCUGCGAGGCAACUGAGGGACUCUUCAAUGAGUCUCUACCACGAGGAGGCUACAUGGAGGUGAUUCAGAUCCCAAAAGGAUCAGUUCACAUCGAGAUCAAAGAAGUCGCCAUAUCAAAGAAUUAUAUUGCCCUGAAAUCAGAAGGGGAUGAUUAUUACAUCAAUGGAGCAUGGACCAUCGACUGGCCAAGGAAGUUUGACAUCGCAGGAACGGCCUUUCACUACAAGAGACCCUCUGAUGAGCCGGAGUCUUUAGAGGCGCUGGGAGCUACCACUGAAAACCUGUUUGUCAUGGUCCUCCUUCAGGAACAGAAUCUUGGAAUCCGAUACAAAUUCAACGUGCCCAUCCAACGGACAGGAAGCGGAGACAACGAGGUGGGGUUCUCUUGGCACCACCUACCCUGGUCUGAAUGUUCGGCUACCUGUGCAGGAGGGUCCCAGAAGCAGGAGGUGGUGUGUAAAAGGCUGGAUGACAACUCGGUGGUCCAAAACAGUUACUGUGACCCAGACAGCAAACCUCCAGAGAACCAGAGAGACUGCAACACAGAGCCCUGCCCUCCAGAGUGGUUUAUUGGUGACUGGUCAGAGUGUGGGAAGACAUGCGAUGGCGGGAUAAGAACUCGGACGGUCUUGUGCAUCAGAAAGAUCGGCCCCGCUGAGGAGGAGACGCUGGAGGACACCCACUGUCUGACUCACAGACCCAUCGAACGCGAGUCCUGCAACAACCAGUCCUGCCCGCCCAAGUGGGUCACUCUGGACUGGUCAGAGUGCACGCCAAAAUGUGGACCUGGCUUUAAGCACCGCAUCGCCUUGUGUAAAAGCAGUGACCUGACCAAGACCUUCCCUCCCGCACAUUGCCCGAGCCACAAUAAACCUCCAGUCCGAAUCCGCUGCAGUUUAGGACGCUGUCCUCCUCCUCGAUGGAUCCCUGGUGAAUGGGGACAGUGUUCGGCUCAGUGCGGCCUCGGUCAGCAGAUGAGGACGGUGCAGUGUUUGUCGUACACCGGGCAGCCGUCGAAUGAGUGCGCAGAGUCCCUCCGACCAACCACCAUGCAGCAGUGUGAGAGCAAGUGUGACGCUACCCCCAUCUCCAACGGUGACGAAUGCAAAGAUGUGAACAAAGUGGCCUACUGCCCGCUGGUGCUGAAGUUCAAAUUCUGCAGCCGUGCAUACUUCAGGCAGAUGUGCUGCAAGACCUGCCAGGGCCACUGACCGCUGGAGCACGAGGGCGUGACACAGCGAGAGAAAAAGAAAGAUGGAGGGAGGCUUAUACGGCACUGAAAGGAGAGAAAAAAAACGGGGAAGACUGAAAAAAAAAAAAAGCGUCAGCACCAGAGGACGAGAACGAAACAGAAGUGAAGAUUUCCCUGUUUGUCACCCCUGCUCCUCCUGCCCUCCAUCACGGUGGAAUCCAUACCACUGCUCAGCCCACAACGCUGACACAAACUUUAUUUUCUUAAUUUUCACUUCUGUGAAGUGGAACUCGGAAGAUUAUAUGUUGGUGAUGUUAUUUUUAUUAUAAUAAUAAUUAUUAAUAUCAUUGUUAGUCUUCCUUCGUGUUGUUUCAUGAAUCCAAAGUGCUGGACACAUCGCUCACCGAGGAUGUUUCCCCCGCAGACGGACAGACAGAGGGGAGGGGACAACUCCUCACCGGGAGACGGGGUUUGGGAGUUGAACACGUCGGACUCCUGUCUUUGGGAUGACUGUGAUGGUGCUAUUGGCAGACUUUUGUCUUUGGUGCACUUUUAUUUCUGUGUAAAUACUUUGCCAAUUUACCGCUCAAAUACAGCGACAGAGAAACCCCAUCAGUGUACUGUAUAUUUAUUGUACAAUUCCAAACAGAGCUGAGAUAUUGUCCUCCGUUCAUGUUGUUGUCAGAGUAGCCCACUGUCAUGGAAGGAAAUGUAAUGUGAUGAAUUCAUAUUCAGUGUCUCUGUGCUGGAGUUAAAUAUAACAUCAUGUACCGUACAUUAAACCCUUAUAUACUGUAAGGAUUUAUAUACUAUAUAUGAAAUUAAUCCAGGACUAGAAAAUACCAAGAUUGUACUAAUUCUAUCCCCACAUGGGUGCCUUAGUUCCUCACUAAUUAGUCAAAAAUUAGCAUGAAGAUAAUAUCAGAGUGUGCCUGGGCUGAAUGAAACACUGUUACCAAACUGGCCUUUACUAAACAUCCCAUUAAGGAGCUUUCAGUUCCCAUUUGAAGGAUUCAUGUUGAAGGAGCAUAUUCAGUGAAGCAGCUUGUUCAUUGGAGUCACAGUGCUGUCACUUUCUUAUCCUGCUACUGUCAAAUCAUGGUCAGCCAUCUCUUUUUUAUUUCAACAGAAAGCAAAACAUUUGUUUAGAUGUGCUGUUUACCUUCCUGCAGAGAGUUACAUGAGAAGAUUGCUAUAAUGCCAGAAUUUUAACUUGAAUAUGAGUUUUGUCAAAAUUGAACAAAGUUGAUGCAUGUUUCAAUGCCAAGGCUACAAAAACUUUAAGUCCUAAACACCCAAAGCCUGGUCAUUUCUUGUUUUGAUUAACAUAAUCUGCAACUCCUGCACAUUGUCUAAAUUGGACAAAUACACUGGCAGCAUCUCCCUGCUAAAACUUCUCCAGUGUAUUGUUUGCAGAAGUCACUUUUAUAAUCACGUUUUUAAAGGUAUCAAAGAAUUGAAAAUUCUGACAACCUUAGCAGUAAAUAAGGCUUUUCAUCUUGACUAUAAAUAUAAAGCUUAAGCCUGGAGAUAGUGAGCUUAGCGUAGCAUAAAGACAGGAAGCAGGAGGGACAGAUAGCCUGCUUUUGUCCAAAUAUGUACCUACCUGCACCUCUUAGAUCACAUCUAACAGGUUCUAUCUACUGUUUUAAAACAUUUAAAAUGAAUCUUUGAAUUACAUAAAUACAUGCAAAGCUAACGACAAUGCAAAUUUAACAUCUACUUCGUAAAAUUAUGUCAUACAUGCUGUUAGAGUUGAAUAGGGCAGAACUUUUUUAUUUCUGACCUUUUAAAAUUAGAAAAAGUGCCUAUGUCCAUGGUAGCUAAUUUUUUUGUGCUGGCAGCUUUAACAACCUCAGUUUCAGAGUGCUUCUCGCCGCGCUCGCUGUUGCUAAGUUACAAAAGUUGACUUCUGAUCCGUUUUUUAAAGAUUAUUUUUGGGGCAUUUUUUGGAUUUAUUUGAUAGGACAGCUAUAAGGAAAUAUGUGGAGAGAGAAUGGGGGAAGACAUGCACCUAACGGGGAUGGCUGGGACUUGAUCCUGCAACUGGUGCAUUGGGGACCAUACCCUCUGCUUAUGUGCACCUGCUCUACCUGCUGAGCUAAGCCAGGAUCCCUAAGACAUCAUUUUUAAAUAUUUCCAUGUUUAAUAUUCCCCUUUACUCAAGGAAUGAUCUAACCUUGCAAAGCCAGUGGACUAGCCAAAUUCCAUAUCUGUCAUCAGGUAGAUUUGUCUUGCAAAGCUCCAAUCUGGUCUGAGAACAGACGGACCAAUCAGUGUCAUUUGCUGAGAAUAAGGUGGUAGCUACAGGCGGGGUUUUGUUGUACUGCAAGCUGGUGAACAAUGGUGGCCAGUGUAGGGAUUAGCUUUGAUGUUGCAAUAGCAUAGUGGCAGUUUUUAUCAGAUCUGGACAUUCCUUUAUAUCCAGAAGAGUAAAGAACCUCUCAGCAUUAUUGGUUUGAUUCACCAUCUGGCUCCACUAACAGUUACAACAGCAGCUACUGUGUUGAGUUUACUCCAAAACUGUGCAUGCCUGCUAUGCAUGUUUCUUUGCUCUGAUUGGCUCGUAAUAAGUAAGACAGGGAAGGAAAUAUUACAAAAAACAUGCAAUGUAAAAUAAUUUUGUCCUGGCAGUUGUAGCAGCUUGAGGACUGGAACCUUUACCCUUGAAAAGCUGAGUCAGAUCAGCUUCACUGCCACCUUUGUUGUUUACAAAGCUGAUAUCAGAAGUCCCGCCCCUUCUAGAUGUUGAUUGGCCAGAGAGGGAGAAGUGACACUGAUAAGUGCAGCACUGUUCCAAAAGUUGAGCUAUUUUCAACUGAGUGCAGCGACUAAAGAACAGAGGGCAUUUUGAAUUCAGUACGCAGAUGAACUCUGAGUUGCUUUGAUUUUGCAUUGAAAGAAGAGCACUGUCAACAUAAAAAAAACAUGGUCGCUGUGGACACAGGCCCUACCUUUGGUAUUUUUGCAUUUCCUUUUUUUGCAUUGAGAGAUAGAAUAUUUGACAUGAGUGCAAGAAACCAACAUGGUGGAUUCUGUAAAUCUGUAUGUUGUUUAACUCAAGCUAUUAGUCAUAUUUUAACUGUUCAACAUAAGAAGCAGAAAAUCAUUUUGUGUUCAGUGUAAACCCAGUAUUAAAGUCACUAGCAGGUUGAAUGUUUUGCCUUAUUCCCAGUCUGUAUGCUAAGCUAGGCUAAAUGUCCCCUCAUGCUGUUCUUAUAUUGAUCUUGCCUGAUUCUCAGAAAGAAAGGGAAUAUGCUCUUUUCAGAAUGUUGAACUUUCCCUUUAAAUUGUUUGCUGGUGCAAAAAAAACUCACUACAUUCAACAUCUACAUUGCCAUUGCCACGCCACAGCUUCAGACAACCCUCCAGUAAAAGUCAUUCCCUAACUAAAUCCUAACUAAGUUCCCAUGCAGUACUGUGUUAACCUCCUUUCCCCCUCCUGUUCUGCUCCAAGGGUUACGGCCUUCCCAGGCUUCUGGUGCUAACAAGUGGGUGCUCCUAUUCAACCCUCCCCAGUGUGCUUAAAAGUGAGGCUGGAUCCAAACAAUGUAUGAAAUAAUAAACUUAUCAAUAUCUCUGUUGGUUAAAUGCUGGUCAUGUUAUUGUUGUUUGUAUCUUUUUAUACCUCACACUGGGAAAUGUCAUUGUUAACCAUGUAUUGCUGUGGAUGCUCGCCCAGUCGUUAGUGAUCCCUCUGUCCAGGGGACGAGAAAAGCCUAUGAAACAUCACACUUUUUAUGGAGGAGGAGAAAUCUGAGAGACAUUGUAGGAGUGUGCAAGAAUCUCAUCAAAGCUGUUAACAACUAAUUUCUAAUUUUGCUGCUGCUACUUUUUUGUAGCCACCUUCAGUAUGACAGACUUUAUUUUGGUUACCAAACCUUGAAUGAGGCCGCUGGGAGAGGACAGUGGAUGCUGGGAAGCGUUUGAAAUCUUCAAACUGCUUGGACUAACUCAUCCACUCGGUGUGGGAAACAGAGCCUCCAGAAAAAGAAGUGAAACAAUCAAACUGGUACUCAUUGCUGUGAACUUGGAUGUUUGAAUGUCACAUUGCUUAUACCUGUACCGAAAGUGCAAGAGAAUGAAAAAGCAUUAUGUGAUUAUUUGCUUAUAUUUUAUAUACAGUAUUAAUGUUGGUACACUGUUACUAAUUUUUUUUCAAAUGUAAAUUAUAUGCUAAUUUAUUGCGUUGUCUCACUUGUACAUUUAUUUCACUGCAUGUAAACUGAAAUUUAGCAUAGUGAAAAAAAUGCAGUGAUACAGCCCUUC